CAAACACGCCUGCCACAGGCCACCGAAGUGGCUUUCCUAGGGGCCCUCCAGCACAGAGACACAGGGAGAAGAUGUUCAAAUAGUCCACAUUUAUUUACGAGGGUUUGGCAAGAUGGUACAGCCAAAGGAGCAGAUGUAAAACACUGUCAUGACAGAGAGGCUCCCUUGUGUGGGUGGGGAUGGCAGAUUUAACCUGUGCGCACUGAUUACCUCACUACGCACAGGUGCAGCCACCCCUGUUCCUGGGCCCAAUUAGCCUGGCCAAUUAUCUAAUUCAUAACCAAUUAUCUAACUAGCCAGGUCUAAUUAGCUUGACCCAGGGCAGGUGUGGCUGCUUAAACCAGCCAUCCCCACACCACAAAAUGGUUGUGUGACCACAUUUUGCAAUGGCCAUGGGACAGUCCACUGACUUUCGCUGCUGGACUACCGAAGAAAAUUUCAGUUGCGUACUCGGGUUCUUGUUUGUGUUCAGAAUUUUUGGAAUGUUGCUAGUAGGGGUGUGCGAGAACAACAUUAUAUGGGCCUGUUGGGUGGGAGGUGUUGAUGGAUUGUUGGAUGGGGGUUCAAGAAUGCUUCUCAUUCAAGGGGGAGGACCGGCUAUUUCGUCGACUCUUCCGCAGGUAUAACCAGUUCAUCCGGCCCGUGGAGAACGUGUCCGAUCCAGUGACUGUGGAGUUUGAGGUCUCCAUUUCUCAGCUGGUGAAAGUCGAUGAAGUGAAUCAGAUCAUGGAGACUAAUCUCUGGCUACGACAUAUUUGGAAUGAUUACAAGUUGAAAUGGGCUCCAGCAGAUUACGAUGGAAUUGAAUUUAUACGCGUGCCAUCAAAUAAAAUAUGGAGACCUGACAUUGUGUUGUACAACAACGCUGUUGGGGAUUUCUUAGUAGAAGACAAAACCAAGGCACUGUUGAAGUUUGACGGUACAAUCACCUGGGUCCCACCAGCUAUCUUUAAAAGCUCUUGCCCAAUGGACAUAACCUACUUUCCCUUCGACUACCAGAACUGCUCCAUGAAGUUUGGGUCCUGGACCUAUGACAAGGCCAAGAUUGACCUUGUGCUCAUCGGGUCGAAGGUCAACCUGAAAGACUUCUGGGAGAGCGGCGAGUGGGAGAUUAUCGACGCCCCGGGAUACAAGCACGACAUCAAAUACAACUGCUGCGAGGAGAUCUACCCGGACAUCACCUACUCCUUCUACAUCCGUCGCCUCCCGCUCUUCUACACCAUCAACCUCAUCAUCCCCUGCCUGCUCAUCUCCUUCCUGACCGUGCUGGUCUUCUACCUGCCCUCUGACUGCGGCGAGAAGGUCACCCUCUGCAUCUCGGUCCUCCUCUCGCUGACCGUGUUCCUGCUGGUCAUCACCGAGACCAUCCCGUCCACCUCGCUGGUCAUCCCGCUCAUCGGCGAGUACCUGCUCUUCACCAUGAUCUUCGUCACGCUCUCCAUCGUCAUCACCGUCUUCGUGCUCAACGUCCACUACCGCACGCCCACCACCCACACCAUGCCCUCCUGGGUGCGGUCCGUCUUCCUCGGCGUCCUGCCCCGGGUGAUGCUGAUGCGCCGGCCCAUCGACCAGCAACCGUCUCCCGAGCGAUUGGGCGGGGCCGGGGCCGCGGGCGGGGACGGCGGGGGCGUGGGUUGCGGCGGGAGGAGCUGCGGGGAAGGGGGCAGGAAGCGGAAAAGCGCCACCCGCCACCCGCAGGACGGCGUGAACUGCCUGGAGUACGGCGAGAACAAGAUGGCCGCCGACCCCAAGAAGUGCCCCUGCCAGCAGGGCAAGGAUGCCCCCGUGCUCCCGGAUUCCAGCAAGCUCAGCCGGCAGCUGACCUCGCCGCCCGUAAACACGGUGGUGGCCUUCUCCGUGGUGUCGCCCGAGAUCAAGCAGGCUAUCGAGAGCGUCAAAUACAUCGCCGAGAACAUGCGGAGCCGCAACAAAGCCAAAGAGGUGGAGGAUGACUGGAAGUACGUGGCCAUGGUCAUCGACCGGAUCUUCCUCUGGGUGUUCGUGCUGGUCUGUGUGCUCGGGACGCUUGGCCUGUUCCUCCAGCCCCUCAUCGGUUUCUUCACAUAGGGUGCCCUCUCUUCCCCCUCCCCCCCAUACCCACCAUCAUUUGGUACCUCUCCAUGCUCUCCGGAAAGACAAAAAAUAAACACAAAAAAAAAACAGUGGCACCUCCUUUAGCCCAAGAGGACAAUCAUUUCCUACCAUAAAGUAUUUUAUAUGUUAUAAUAUUUAAUUGUAUUUAUUAAAUUAUAGUAUUAAUUUCUCCUUCCGAAUGUUGAUUAUAACAAAAUUGUGGCAUUUUGGCAUCUCCAACCAUGUGUACUACACAAGUCCGUUGAUAUAUGAGCAGCUUUUCAAAUAAAAGAUGCAGAGCACUGAUUCAUAAUAUUAAACACGUAGCUGCAUGAAUUCUGGGUAUCAUUUCAAUGCACUAAACUGUUUAUUUUUAGAAAAAAUGGAUGAAUUAUGUAUGAAUUAAAGAUUUGUUUUUUGUA